AUGUCAUCACAAUUCCGACAAUGCGUAGAAUGUGGUGCUCCGAUGGGUUCAUCAAAAGUGUGCAGUUAUUGCGGCUUCGGAAGUAAACACAACAAAACCACAUACUAUCUUGAAAUUGGAGACCAAGAGGGAGAAGAUAAUAAUACAUUUACAUUUCAAACGGGCCAACAAAAUGCUGGUCAUGUCAGUCGAGAUAUUUUCACCUUUACUGAAUUUGGAGGAACACAAUCGUUGGAUGAACAAUGCGAGCAAAAUAGUGGAUAUGCUUUUAUAUUUUGUUUUCAGAGAGUGUUGCAAUGUCAGGUGGACUUUUUAGUGGAACGAAUGAAUUUUCCACCAAUUUUGAGGAAGGCCAUUGCUGAUCUUUGGUUGGAUUUUGUGGAUGAAGUUAAAUUCAAAAAGCCACUCCUUCGUAGCAAGGUCAAUAAGAAACAAUUACAUGUCAACGUUAGAAACACUCUCCACAGAUUUGUUAAAGUCAAUGCAAGAGCGCUUCGAAGAUUAUAUUUACAAAAAGAAUUGAAAUUUGUUGGAUUUUUACUACCGAAACUUCAACCCUAUGAUACUUUGGUGUUUAUUUACUUGGCAUGUGCAACCAUUGGACAUCCAGUCAUGCUUCCAAUUUUGAGACAUUGGGCCAUGACUGGAACCAUUCCAUAUCGAAAAGUGUGUACGGAACUCUUUUCAAAUGAUCCUCGAUUUAGAAAAUUUAGUAGUAAUACCUUUUCAUUUAACAUGUACACUGAAGAUAAUAUGGCUUCGAAUUUUCGAGAAGGAGUCAUGCCAGACUCGAGAGAAUUAUGGAAACGUGUGAAAAAACUCUCUCAACGAAAACAGACGCAAUCUGCUCCAUCUCAAAACGAACAAACAGAAGAGCACAAAGACAUGUUCAAACAAGAAGGAUCUCCUGCAACACCCUUCUCACGAUACAUUCCCAUUCCAGAUCUUAAUUGUGAAAUCAUGCUUCGACCAUUCUUUCCAUUAUUCAUUCCUCAAAUUCCACAACAAGAAUAUGAUAUUCUGAUCACUUACACGUGUCGACUCAUUCAGGCGUUUACAAAAAUUUCUCAACCUUCCAUUUAUCACGACUGUGAACCUUCAGUAACGACCUUACCAUUUUGGAAAAAUCCACUCACUGAAAGCCACAUGUCUCCAUGCAUGUUCGUCAUGUGUUUUGUGUGUAUGACUUUGAAAUUGUGUUUUGGACUCAAUCGACAAUACGAUCCUCGCACCAAUAAUUCCCUAAUUCACAAUCCAUCGGCCAUAACGAUGGCCACUGGAACUCAUCCCAAAUGGGCUCAAUACAUGAUUCGUAUGAAUGAACAAUUUUCACGUCAACAUGAUCGAGGUGGAAUUCUCAUUGAUCACCAGCCCAUUCGAUUGGCAUGCCCCGACGAUCGAAUGUUAUUAUCGACCUUUCUCGAGAUGACCAUUCAUGAAAAGACUUUCCAUCACACUCUCCUGAAAGGUUCUCUGCAUCGACAAUUAUUUAUGGGAAAUAAUUUACAGGCAGGUAUUAAGGCAAAUACCAUGUUUUUGAAUGAGAUGAAUAUUCAAGGUUUACAGCCAUUAUUGAAUUCACUACUGAGAGAAGAGUCAUUGAGUGAUAUAUAUAUGAAUGGAAACACAACAGGAAGGCACACACAACUUGCAUUUCCCACACUCAAAGAUAUGGAAAUGAGAGCCCGACAUUAUCAUCUCUUAUUUGAUGUGAAUGGAAAUGUUCAUGAAGAAGAAGAGGCAUCAGAUGUAAGGACACUCUUUCCUUCUUCUGCAACUUCUUUUAUUGACAUGUCCUUCUUGUUGCAGAGCAUGAGUUGGUUCAUGGGAGUGGAUCCACAGAGUUUAAUAUCUUCCUAUAGUAGCGGCAGUGGCAGUGGUGGAUCGAUCUAUGGAACGAGUAGUCAUGGUUUUUAUGGUGGCAAUGAUCGGUGGUGGAAGCAUGGUUCGCAACAAGAUGUUACUUCACCGGCAAUGACCUUCCAAACUCUGUUGUCGAAUAUCAUUGUUAUUUUGGAGAAUGUAUUACUUGGAGUUGGAACGAGCCAGAAUCAACAGGGAAGGAAGAAUGAUGGUACUAGUAGUCCUGGUGAUCAUGGCCAUCUUUCAACAAUGAACAAUGACCCCUCAUCGACUUGCUUAAUGAUGGAAUUAGGAAUUUCAAAUAUUUCCAAAUGGAGUAGUAUACGAAAGCACAUGCAACACAAUGGAGUGAUGUAUCAACUCGAAAGACUCAAUUCUCAACUCUUGAAUGAAGGUAGAAAAGAAUUAUGGGAAUUAUGUUUGCCAUCGUAUCAACUCUUGUAUCCGCAAGUAUCAUUCCGAAGGAGUGGUGUAGCAGUGCGAGUUCUUCAUUAG